GCCGCGGCAGAAUGCUACGGCCCAUUCUUGCAAACCUCCAUCACCCCUCUCAACAUUAGACAACAGCACACAACACCGCGUAAGGUGGUUUGUCACGCGCGUUGCUUUCUGUGCCGAAGAAAUCGACUUGUACGCAAAACAAAAGCAGUUCACAACAAUCGAGAAACAAUCUCCGUACACGUAAGCGAAGGGGCUCCAACGUACAGUUCUUUCCGUUUGUCGUUAUUCUGUAGCAUCAAUUUAUUCCAAUUACUAUCGACCUUUAUCGAAUACUUCUUUAUCAUUAUUUAUUAUCUUAAACGGUGUCCAAAGCCUUUCAUAGUUCCCGUUUCCUUUUUUCCCGCAACUGAUUUCUACGCACGAGAGUGCAGAGCAGAAAGCCGAAGCCAUGCUCUCGUCUCAUCCGACAAGAUUCACGUUGGUGCUCAUCACAAUCGUGGCGUGCACCUUCGCAGCCAUCGCCGUCUUCGCUGCUCCAGCCCAUCACGGCUACGCCGCCUGCGACCCCUCCGUCGUGCAGUCCAGCGGCUACAUCGACAUCCCCGGUGUGAGUGGGACACAGAAGCACUACUUCUACUGGCUGUUUGGUCCUCGUCGGUGGCCCACGGAUGGCAGCCAACCGCCUGUGAUUAUGUGGAUGACGGGCGGACCCGGGUGCAGUUCGAGUCUCGCAUUAUUGAGCGAAUUGGGUCCCUGCAUGAUGAACGAGACCUCCGGUGAGCUGCACCGCAACGCGUACGGGUGGAACGACGAGGCGUACCUGCUGUUCGUGGACCAGCCGACGGGUGUGGGCUACUCCUACGGCGACAAGGCCAACUACGUGCACAACGAGAGCGAGGUGGCGGAGGACAUGUACCACUUCCUGCAGGGCUUUGCGAGGAAGUUCACGUCGCCCUCCAUCACCGGUGCGAACGACUUCUUCAUCAUCGGCGAGAGCUACGCCGGACACUACGUUCCCGCGGUGAGCUACCGAAUCUUCCAGGGCAACCAGCGUGGUGACGGCCCCGUGAUCAACCUGAAGGGCAUCGGCAUUGGCAACGGCAUCACAGACCCGUACACCCAAUACCCGUCUUACGCGGAGACCGCCUACCACUGGUGCAAGGAAAAGCUCGGUGCCCCGUGCAUCACGGAUGCGGCCUACGAGGAAAUGCUGUCGUUGCUGCCCGCCUGUUUAAACAAAACGUGGGCGUGUAACAUGGGUCCGGAUGACACGGACGAGUCCUGCAGCGUCGCUAACGCGCUCUGCAGCGAGUACAAGGGCUACUAUUUCGCCACAGGCCGCAACAGCUACGACAUUCGCAAGACCUGCGACGGCCCGCUGUGCUACCCGAUGGGGUACACCCUCGGCUUCUACACCGAUCCGGUGGUGCGCGCUUCGCUGGGCAUCAAUGAUGCAGCGAACUGGUCCACGUGCAACAGCGAGGUGGGGGAGCUCUUCGACAGGGACCACCAGCGCAACUUCAACUACACCUUUCCGCCGAUGCUGGCGGCCGGCAUCCGCGUACUGAUCUACGCUGGCGACAUGGAUUACACGUGUAAUUGGAUCGGCAACAAGGCAUGGGUAAAGGCGCUGGAGUGGUCGGACACCGCAGCCUUCAACGCUGCACCGGAUCUGGAGUUUGCGGUGGGCGGUCGUUGGGCGGGUCAGGAGCGGAAGUACGGCAACUUCAGCUUCGUGCGUGUGUACGAUGCGGGCCACAUGGUGCCGAUGGACCAGCCGGAAGUGUCACUGUACAUGGUGUCGCAAUUCCUGCACGACAAGCGGCUGGCGUAG